AUGAGGAUCGCACUCGCAGCAUACCUCGCCCUCGCUACCGCGGCCGCGGCUGCGCCGAUCCGCGUCCCCUGCGACGCACUUCCCUCUUCCACUUCAGCAACUCCUGCGAUCACGAGUGAGAACGCCGAUUCCGGCAGCGGUGGAGAAGGGGAAGUCGCGGCCGAGAACUCCGAGGGACACGACAACCCCGAGGGCGGCGAGCAACCCGCCGAGGGAGAGGGUGACAAGCAAGGCGACGGCAACGGCGUGGGCGGGAAUGGAGGAGACAAGGGUGGAGAAGGCGAGGAAGGCGGUGGCAAUCACGAGGGGGAGAACACCGACGACGGUGGUGAAGGCAAGGAGGGGGGCAAAGGCGGAGGUGAGGGCAAUGGUGAACCGGCUCCUGAUGGCAACCACGGCGACGGCCAGGAGCAAGGCGACAACCCCGCCGACGGCAACAAUGGCCAGGAGAACCAGGGAAACGGUGGAGGAGAAAGCCACGACGAGAAGAAGGAGAACGCCGACGGCGGUGAACAGAAGGAAGGCAACAAGAAAGAGGAGAACAUCAUCGGCUACGGCGCCUUCGCUGAGGUUCCUGCCGACAACGCACCACCUCCGCAAGGUGCCAACGACGCCGUCGCCCUGGAUGCCAAUGAGAGCGCCAUCGCCGAUAAGGCGGCGGGAGUUGCCCCGGCCACUGGCGCUGCAGGAGCUGUCGCAGGUGCGGGGGCCGCUGGUGCUGCUGUAGGUGCCACAGCUGCUGGGGCUGCUGGCACCACCAACGGCACGGGAGCCGCUUACGGUGGAACGACUGGGCCGUGGGCAGCUACCGCCGUCCCCGCCACAGCAGGUGGCACUGCUGGUGCGGCUGCUGCUGGCGCCGCUGCCGGUGGCACCACCGGAAGCGCCCCUCAAGCUGCUGCUCCCAAUGGUAACGCCACUACCCCGGGAUCUGCCUUGGCGGCCGCCGGAGCUGCAGCUGCUGCGGGCGCUGGCCCAGCCGGAGGGGUCGCGGGCGCUGUCGGAGCUGGCCCCGCCGGUCAAGCUGCCCUUGGGGCUACCCCCGCCGCCGGAAAGGCUGCCGCCGAGAACGUCGCUGCUGGAACUCUUGCGGGUGCCGGCGCUGCAGGCGCUGCCGUCGGUGUUCCUGCAAAUGCUGCCGCCAUGGGUGCUGCCGCUGCCGGUAUCAGUGCAGUUAAGGGAGCUACCGCCACGACCGCCGCCGCUGAGGGCAGCACAACCUCCGCCGCUGAUGCGUUGAAGGCGAGCCAGACCAUGACAAUCACGGAGGCAUACGACAAAGUCUUCGAUCCGAACCUCGACCCGAACUCGAUGGACCAGAAGUUAUGGACCUGGUGGGACGGCUACCUGGGCAUGAGCGACGACGUAGGGUUCGACAAGUUCGACGUGGUCAACGAGUCACAGCUGUCACUCUACCGCCAGAUUGACAGCAAGCCCGAGCGGUUCGAGUGGAGGGGCCCCAUGGCCAGCCGUCAGUACCGGCGCGAGCGGUUCCUUGCCACAAAGCACAAACUGGAGCAGUUCAUCGGCACGGAGGCCGGGAAGAAUACCGAGGCUGAUAAGCAGUGGCAGCAGCAGGCUCUGGAGCAGAAGCAAAGGCUCAUCGACAACGAGGUUCAGAAGAAGGCGAACGCAGCGGCGGGCGUCACGACGACGCCUGUAGGCUUGCAGGCUACUACGACGGCCAAGGCGAAGACACCGGCGACUUGGUCAAAAUCGAAGAACGACGCAGUCAUGGUUGCGCACCCGACGCAGACCGGGAAGACGACCGAGGAGAGGAAUAAGGAGUUUGAUGCCUGGUACAGCAACUACCUGCUCACCGAGUCCAAAGCCUCUCCCAAGACCGCCCAAGCCAAAGGGGCUACAGGCGUUGCCGCGGUAUCCACGAUCCCCACUCCUAUCCCGAUCUCUACUAUUGCAUACAACGGUCCCCCCGACCCGGCUGGGGAGAUCAAGACCAUCUGGGCCCUACCUUCCGCCACCACGGAUGACGCGAAGAAGCAGCAGGCGAAGGAGAACAUCAAAAACAUCCUCGGCGCCAUCAAGGCAGGCGUCAAGGACCGUCGUGACAUCGCUCAGCCGACCGCGGCCGUCAACGCUCCUCCCGCACCCGCCGAACCAGCCUCGUCCGAGGGGGACCUGACAAUGCUCAAGCUGAUGGAAAUGGUUAGUGCCGUCAUCGCAGCGGCGGCGCGCAAGGAUCCCAGCAUAGUGCCGGACCCGCACACGCUGCGCCGUCGCAGCACGUGGGUGCUCGACUUUGUGCCCGAGGGCCCGUCCAGUGGAAACUGGGACGACCUGAACCGCUGGAUCGAACGGUGCCAGGAAUGGCGCACCGCGGCGCGCGACGAGCAGGACAGGUACGCCAAGAUGGGCUUCCAGAUGACGGACCCGCCGCUGAUUCCGGCCGGAGGGGACUGGAACACGAUCGUCCGCUGGGUCGAGAGCGCAAAGGCGUGGCGCUCCGAGUGGACGUACAAAGCUGUGUGGUGGGAGAACCAUCGUGUUGAUCUGCAGGCGUUCGAGGACAAGGUCCGCGGGUGGUUCAAGUCGGUGUUCGGGUCCACUGGGAAAGAGGUCAAGUGGCAGUAG